AUGGCACUGUCCUUCAGCAAUGAGCCCCCGAAGGCGAGGGUUCCCUAUGCGAUCCCUCAGCUGGAGGGAGAGCGCCUCACCAUCCCCGGCAGCAAGGGGGCCUUUCGCAUUCUUGCUUCAUCUAUCCAGACCAAUGGCCUAAUGGCGGUGUUCCAGAGCGGCGCCGUCCUGUCCGACGCCCCCGGAUUCCACUACCACAACCACGCCCACGACGUCUUCCUGGUAACAAAAGGGUUCCUGAAGCUGUGGAAUGGCGACAAGUGUCGGAUAAUGGGUCCGGGGGACUUUGCUUACGUGCCUCCAAAAGUGAUCCACAACCCGGAACUGCUCGGGCCACAUACCGAGACCUACGGUGUGGUCACCCCGGGGGACUGGGUCGAUUUCUUCCGCUACGUGUCCGAGCGCUACGAGGGGAUUCUCGUGCCGGAGAACGACGACCGCGACCUCAAGUCGCUCCUAAUCCCCAAGGUGAUGGCCGCGAAGCAGGACUUCGAUGUGGUCUUCCAGCGGGACUACCAGCCGCCUGAGGUGGGCGAGUGGACCACAGACGAGCAAGAGCUCCCCUCGUCCCCGCAGCCGUUUUUCCUUCGCGCCAACACGGGCCCCAAGUGGCUGCUCGGGGGUGGCGUCUGUGCCAUCUCCAGCAUCGAGUCAUCCAGCGCGUACGGCGAAACCUUGCUGUCGCGAUACAUGACCUUCCAGAAGGUCGACCACUGUCUGUGUGUAGUGGAGGGCACGUUGACCGUGCGCCUGAAGGGCUCCCCCGAGGCUACGUUCCGCGAGGGCGAUACCGUGGUGAUCCCCGCGGGGCAGGCCUUCGCGUUGGGUUUCGACAGUCGGUAUGUAAGGGUUUGGUCGUUCACGGAUGGCGAUGGCAUCGAGACCCUCAUUCAUCGGUUGGGGAAGCGCUAUGACGGUGCUGUCUUGCCCGACCAGCCGCCACAAUGGGACACGGACGGCGUGGAGGAGGUGGCGGCGACGCUGAACGUCGACAUCGAAUUGCAAGGUUGCCCACCUAAAUGGAUGAUGCACCCUCAGUCGCGACCAUCGCCCCCAAUUCAAUCCGCCGGAGAUGACUCUCUCCCUCCGCCCCGCGCAAAGCGUCCCCGCGCCGCGCAGGCAUGCGACCGGUGCCGAGCCAAGAAAUACAAAUGCGACGAGCACAGAUACGUCGCCGAUCUCGAGCGCAAGGUCGAUGAGAUGACGGCCAAGCUGCGAAUGGCUGAAUCGGAGAUUGUCUCGCAGCAGUCACCGCCGCCUCGGAAAGUGCAUGCGACUGCGACUGCUACCACGACCAAACCGACCGUGCUUCAAGCCAGCAUCGAUGCGACGCCACUGUCUAUGCCCCGGACGGGUUCCACGCCGAGGGAAGAGGCGCCGUCGAUCUACGACAACCCCCACGACGAAGCGGGGGAGUCGGUGGAGGACGAGAUCAGCGAACUGAACCACCACACCAACAAUAUCGAGUUCCACGGCAGCACAUCCUCCGCGGCCUUUAUCGGCCAUCUGCAGAAAGCCCGCGAACCGCAGCGACCCCUGGAACGACGGGAUCCUCGCGCAGAGGACCUGGGGUAUUCGAUUGUCUCGACGCUGCACAACUCGAGCUUUUCGCCCGCGUGCACGGCGGGCUCGGCGCAGCCCAUGACGCUGCGCGAGCAGAAUUACUACUUCGAACAGGCGCACGCGUUCAUUAAUGGGUAUUUCGAGAAUAUCCAUUUCAUUCAUCCGCUGAUUGAUAAGGAGGACUUCUUGCUGCGGUCACAUAAUCUGUGGUUUAAUCGCAGUCUACAGCCUGAGCCCAGCUUCGUCGCGCUGUAUUUGAGCAUUCUGUCGUUUGGGGCCCUGGUUCGGGUCUGGGAUGAGGAGAGGCUCGGGGGGCUGACGAGGUUCGAGUGGAGUCGGAAGUUGUUCGGGGAGGCCCAGAUGUAUUUGAACUAUCUGCAGUUCUCGAAUACGCUGGAUACGGUGCAGUGUUUGUAUUUGAUGGCGAAGAUCUGCCAGAACGAACUGAAUCCGAACUUGGCGUAUAUGUACUUAGGACUUGCAAUCCGCACCUGUCUAGCUGCGGGAUUCAAUCGAGAGGUGCGCAGCGCGACCGAGCAACGGUCAGGAUGGAUAUCCAAGACAUGGUGGGGUCUAUUCUCUCUAGAAAUCGAGAUGAGCUUCUCUGUCGGCCGCCCCGACACCCUCGGCAUGGACGAGUAUCACAACCGCGCGCUCCCGGAACGAGACGACUCCGAGUACGGCAUCAUCCCGUGGAUGGUCGACUUCGCGUACAUCAUCCGCAGGGUCUCGGUGCAGAUAUACCACUCCCGCAUCACGCUGCAGGAGAAACUGCAUCUCGCGCUGCAGAUCGAAGCCGAGCUGGACCGGUGGAUGGCGCGUCUGCCGGACAGAAUCAAGCCUGAUAGUCUCCAGCGAACGGCGCCGGGAGGGGCACUUCGAGACCCUAAAUGGGCGAGGAGGCAGCGGUUGGUGCUUGGGAUUCGCUACCACAACGUCAAAAUGCUCCUCUUCCGGCCUUUCCUCAGCCACUUCACCCGGAAACUCCGACACACCCCCAUGGAACUCGAAGAAACUAUCGCCAAGUGCCUCGGCGCAGCGAUGAAGACUAUUGAGGUUAUUUAUGAUAUCUAUCGCAUUCAUACUUUCUUUCGCUGCUGGUGGUACAACACAACCUACGUCAUGUUCGCCACAUCCACCCUCCUCCUCCCCAUGUCCAAACUCGGUAUGUGCGCCGAAACCAUCCCCUUGCGCCGCUCCGUCGAGAUGGCGGUGGAGAUCCUCGAAGCGAUGGAUGAGUCUGUGGUGGCGCGCAAGUCCGUCGAGAUUAUCAAGCACUAUCUGAAAGAGUUCCGGCCUGUGGAGGGGCAGGCGGGCGGUUCGGAGAGCAGUGCCGGUGCUGGUGCCGGUGCUGGAGCUGGAGCUGGAGGUGUUGGGGCUGGGGAAUGGGCCUACGGAUUCGGAUUCCCGGAUUGCUCGUUCGAGGGGAUUGCGAGGCUGUUUGAUGAUCUGGAGGGGUUGCCGAUGCUGGAUGGGUAG